CCCAGCUCCAACAUGGCGGCGUUCUGAGUUUUGGAGGAGGGAACUGGGCGUAAAUAAACACGCUUUAGACUUUAAAAAAAAACUUUCGGUAACAACACUCGCAUUUUUGUGUUUGUGACAUAUUCUACCAGGGAAAGAAAAUGUCAACUGACGGAAACAAGAAACAAUUCUGGAAAAGAAAUACAGCUAAGGUCCCUGGCAGCAUACAACAUGUGUAUGGUGCUCAACAUCCUCCUUUCGACCCUCUUCUGCAUGCUAAUCUAAUCAAAGUGGGCAACAAGCCCCAGAUGACACUGGGAGGGAAGCCAAAGAAAGCCACCACCUUCCAGGAGUUUGAGAGCAUCACCAGCGAUGCCUGGGACGUGGGGGACGACGACGACGAGCUGCUCGCCAUGGCCGCACAGAACCUCAACAUCGAGGUCGUCAUGGAAACCGCCAACAAGGUGAUUGAGAACCACAGCAAGCAGCAGGAGAAGCAGAGACAGGACGAUGCCGACGCGUCAGAGCUGGAGGACCGAGAGGAAGAGGAGCAUGAGGAAGAGGUGGAAGAGCAGUGGGAGGAAGGGGAGGAAUCGACCCCUGAGGUGUCGUUUGCUUGUGAGCCCAGCCCGCUCAGUGAUGGCAGACUGGUGAAGUCACUGAGUGAGGCCCCCAUCGGAUCACCUAAGGAUGAGUCGCUCCACAGACAGCAGUCCCUGCCCCACCGGCCCACCAUCCCCAUGGUGGCUCGUAUAGCUGACCAGAACACCUCCGGGACCCCAGCCAUGACAGAGAGGGAGGCAUCCCGCCUGGACAAGUUUAAACAGGUCCUGGCUGGACCCAACACUGACCUUGAGGAAUUACGAAAGUUGAGCUGGUCUGGAAUUCCGCGCCAGGUUCGUCCAAUUACGUGGAAGCUCCUUUCGGGUUACCUUCCUGCCAACACAGAGAGGAGAGAGAGCACGCUACAGAGGAAGAGACAGGAAUACUUCGGUUUCAUAGAACAGUACUACGACUCGCGCAACGAGGAGCACCACCAAGACACGUACAGACAGAUUCGUAUAGACAUCCCCCGGAUGAGUCCAGAGUGUCUAAUGCUGCAGCCUAUGGUGACCGAGAUCCACAUUGACAUACCGAGAACUAAUCCCCUUAUUCCUCUCUUUCAACAAGCUUCUGUCCAAGAGGUGAGGCCUUCUAUACAGAACACACCGACUGCCCUGCCCAGGCAGUCACUCACCUCGACCUAGCUAACGUGCCAGAUCCUAUUCCGUCGUCUUAUGCGCACACUGCACCACGCAUGCAUGCACGUAUACUCACGCUCUCUACUAAAAGAGUGGAAACCGUCUGUUGUAAUGGAAUGUUCUUCCGCACUUUUUUUUUUGCACUCUGCAAUGACUAUUUUAGAAAACAGAUUGUCAUUGGAUGUAAUGGAGUUUGAAUACUGCUUGUGUGUUCAGUAUUGCAAGUUGCACCCCUCUUCCACCGUGUCCUCUAUUGGCCUCUACCUCCAUUCCCCUCCCAGGCCACACUACUACCUCAGUGCUGUGAGAGAGGACUAAUGAAUUGGCCAGCCGGCCUCACA